ACGCAAAGUAACUGCUCACUCAGUCGCCUAUAUAUAGCCGCGCUGGCCGCAUUGAAAUCCGAGCUACGCUCUCCGCGUUUCGCCUCUUGUACGUGGGCUAACUUAAAUCAAAAGUGGCUUGCGCAGCCGGCGCGCCUUGAGUGUGUGUGUGCGUGCUGAAAAAUAGUGUUAGUUGUUGGAGAGCUACGUAUGCAAAUCAGUGGAAAGUGCAUUAUGAAUAUAUCUGUUUCCAAGGCUGAAAGUGUUAAAAGUUAACUCCCAGAAAUGCACACACGCAUACCAAUGCAAGCGAAAAGUUAAAGCGACGAUCAUUCAUUGCUGCCUCUUCUUCCUCUUCUUCAGUUGCUCUUUGCGCCGUGUUUCGCUUACCUGUCAAAACGCGCGUGUGCUUGUGUUGGUGGGCUCCAUCGCUCCCUCUCAUUCGCUCUCUUUCGAUUUGCACAUGCAAAAAGGCAGCAGCAGCAACAAGAACAACAACAUAAACUCCGUCUGAGAGCUUCAAAGCCGAAGUUCUCGACGCAGACGUCGGCGGCGGCAGCACGGCAGCAGCGCAGCGCAGCGGCAGCGGACAACUCGUACAGAUAGGGAAACUCCUUGAGCCAUGGCUUGUAGCAGAAGGAAAAUAAAGGUUUCUCUACUUGAAAUGGAUUCAUAAAAUAAGUUAAAACUCGUUGGAUCUCAAGUGCAUUGUUAUCGUUAUGCUGUACAGUAAAACAUGGCAAAGUCGACACUUUAUGCUGCUGGGGUGACCUGUCUGGGCUUUGUUUGCUUCGCCUUGGCAUCUGUGGCCAUUGGCAUACCCAUUUGGGGUUACUACGAUAGUCCAUCGGGCGGCUAUGACUUUGAUCGCGGUUAUUUCGGACCGUUUAAGGUCUGCAAGCAAUUGACGUAUAAUCGCGAGAAAUGCGGCAACGACGUGUCUAAGUUUAGGUUAAGCAAUGCAGUUUUCGUCAGUGGACUCCUGGCCAUUGGCAGCUCAGCUGUGCUGGGCAUCUUCUGCAUUCUGUCGGUCAUUCAACACGCGAUGAUCUCAUCCAGGGAGAAGGUGGUUAUGCCCUACACAACUCUAGUGAUAGUGAAGUUAAUGCUGGCAUUGCUGGGAGGUGUUCUGGCCAUCAUAGCGACGGUUUUGUUUGCUCUGCAAAUUGAUGAGCAGGAGCGCUAUGGCUUCAAGAUAUCGCGGGGCAUUUCCUUCUAUAUACAGAUUGUGGUGAUUGUUUUGACCAUUUCUCUGUUCGUGGCCGCCCUGUACGAUGUGAUCUACUCGCGCAGCCCCGGCGGAGAUCCCACAAUGGCGCUGGAUGCGUCAUCUCCGGGCAGUGCCACCACGUUCAACAAUCCGGGCUUCAAGGAGCCGCGCAGUCGCAACGGCGUCUCGGUGACGGACGCAUCCGGAAAGCCCUACAGCGGAAUCCGGAAUGGAGCGGGAACGGCGGGCAGUGUGGCCUCCAUGAGCACCACCGUGACCAGCGUCUCCAAUGGGUCCACCCUCGAUUCGGUGACGCGGUCGCCACUGCGAUCGAGUCUGAAGAAGCCGAGACCCCGGCCGGAUCCAACGUUAGGCAUUCAAAAUCCCGGCUAUUCCGGAUCCGGAAGUUCGCCACCCAUGCGGCGCAACGGAAGCGUGAAGAAAGUCCGAAUUCAGACGCACAGCACCGAGGUGUAAGAUGGUUUCAACCAACUAGAAUUAAGCCCUUCAACAAGCAGCAAACGAAAAAAAAAGGAAAACAAAAAUAUAUACAAAGACUGUGUACAGUAGCGAAAACGACACAAAGAAAUGUUAGGAUGGGAAAUAUGUAGUUGUCCCUCAUUAAUUAAUUACUAGUUUCCAACCGAAAAUUGAGAAUUCUUUUCAUUUGUCUUCCAACAAGAAGGAUGCAUUAAAUUCAAUCGGCCGAGGCCAAAGUUCUGUUUCGUAAGCAACGGUUUCCGUCCACGGGCAAGGCAAGAGUAUUUAAUUCGGAUUGAAAGUCCCCAAAAGUAUUUGAGUUUCUAUAUACCUCCCCCCAAGUGCCCUUAAGCCCCGCCCCAGUCCCGUGCAUUUUGGAAAGAAUUAUCUAGAAAAAAAACCCUGGAACACCAACCUACAAAUAUAAAUAAUUUGCAAUAUUCUUUUAACAGAAGAGAAGUAAACGUAAGCAUUAUAAAGCUACAUUUGUAAAAUACAUUAAAACAAUACAUGAAAAUGACACAAAUUGUUAUUUAUAAUUAAGUUUAAGUCAAGGCGUAUUGAGCGGCUUUCAAUUAAAUUUGAUAAUCGUAUGUUAUUGUUAGCAAUACUUUAAAUUAAACGCGUUAAUCAAGCUAACUGAAUAAUAAUUGUUGCUCUAAGAUUUCACUAUAAAAGACACUUAGAUUUUUUGCUAAGCUUGUUUGUUUAGUUUUUUGUAAUUUAAUUGGAAAAUGUGUUUCAUGUUUUUCUCCGUAAGCUAAGGAAAUACUAAAUAAAAAGACAAAAUAAA